CGUUUCUUUUUACUCAAUUAGGGGCUGUUUACACGUACCCGACAUGAAACUCAUGCCGGCAUGAAAUUUCAUGCCGGCAUGAAAAUUUUUUGGUUCACACAGAGCGUUCCUGCCGGCAUGAAAUGAGUUUCAUUUCAUGCCGGCAUGAAAUGAAAACCAUUCUCAAAUACAUGCUGAAUUAUGAACUUUCAUCCCACAGAUUCAUUUUAAACAUGGCUUCCAACAAGAGACAGCUUGCGCUUUUUUCAGCCUUGAAUGCAGUUCUCGUGAGCUGCACGUUGUUACAACUACUAAGUAUUUUGGUAUUGAAAUUUUUACAAGAACAGAGGAGGCUCAACAAUUUGAGAUAUCAAGCAGUUAUGGAGAGAAAUACAGCAUUGUCGAGGUACAGACGUGCAAGGUUGAGAUAUGUUAGAAGCAAGAGAAAAUGCUGGAUUAAACCUGGAAGAACUGAUAAAUGGUGGGAUAACUUGCACAUUGUUGGUAACAUGUGUGACGAUACUUGGUUACAAAACUUCAGAAUGACAAAACAACAAUUUAUGAAACUUGUCGAAUUAAUUAGACCUUACGCAAAGGAAAGGUCUUCACAAGUCCGCAAAGACGUAAUUCCGCUAGAAAAACGACUAGCUAUUACGCUUUAUUACUUGAAGGACCAAGGUUCUCUUUUGAUGAUUGGCAAUACAUUUGGCAUAGCAAAAAGUACGACAAGUGUUGUUGUACAUGAAAUAUGUGGCAUAUUAGCGAAAGAUAUCGCUUCUUUGUUGAUAAAAUUCCCAGUGGAAAAGGCUGAUGUGGAAAAGAUUUCCAGUAACUUCCUAAAACGAUUUGGAUUCCCUCAGGUGAUUGGUUGUGUUGAUGGCACACACAUCCCAAUAAAACAACCCUCAGAAAACUCUCAUGAUUACUUUUCCUACAAGAUGUAUUACUCGAUCAAUUGUCAAGCAAUAUGCGAUGCGAAUGGACAAUUCCCGAAUGUCGAAAUUAAAUGGCCAGGCAGUGUUCAUGAUGCUAGAGUUUUUGCUAACUGCACGGUUCAGGAAAAGUAUCUUAAUGGAGAGUUUAAAUUAUUUUACAAGGAGAUCGUAGAGGAUGGUGAAUCCGUGCCACAGUUGCUUUUGGGAGAUCCUGCAUACCCUCUUUUACCACAUGUGAUGAAGGAGUUCGAUCAUUGCAUAUCGAAUGAACAAGUCAUAUUCAAUCAAAUGUUACGCUCCGCCCGUAACCAAAUAGAAUGCGCAUUUGGAAGGCUUAAAGCUAGGUGGAGAAUUUUAAAUCGCGCUAUGGAUCUGCAAGUGAAACAUGUUCCAAAUGCUAUACUAGCUUGUUUUGCAUUACACAACUUUUGCGAAAUCGAAAAGUCGUUUGUAGACCCGAAGGUCGUAGAGGAAUUGGCAUUGAAAGAACGCAGCCUUGUAAACACAGUUGAUAAACUUAACUCUUACACAACAACUUCAGGAACCAGGGUUAGGGAUACUUUAGCAAACUAUUUCAAAGAGUUUUUGUAAAUUUUUAUUUUCUUCAAGGUUACAUUAUAACUGUUGGUAAACUUUAUUUGAACUAUCACUACUGCUGCUCGAGGUUUGUGAAGAAUACGAGCUUGGAAAGCUUCCUCGAGCAGGUGUAAAACUAGGAGAAGGCAAGGUAUUCUGAAAAUUACUUCGCAAUGGAGUUUCAUAAGAUGUACCAUAUGGAGUGUUUGGAUGCA